AUGAUCGGGAGAACAUCACUGUUGGAACAGAAGAAAUUACAAUGGGCUAAAGAAAGAGAAGAAACGGCGAGACUUAGUGGAAAUUGGGGCCCUCUCAAAUUUAAUGAUCCGAUCCGCACCGCAAUACGCUCCUAUCCCUCCACCAGCACAAGAAUGUGUAUGACCGAACUGAAUGGCAAAGAGCAACGUCACUACGGGAGUACAGUGAGUCUGAGAAGUCUCGCAUCAGAACAUUCUGCAAUUUGUGCCCCGAGUCUUAAAAGUUUAGAUUUUUCGGGGGGCAGUCUCAUCAAUUUGCAAGAUAAAACUGAAAUCCAUCAAGCGCUGAGGAGAAGGAGUCCCAGUUUACCCCCCAUAUAUAGCAACAAAGAUCAUCAACAAUAUCUGAUUCAGGAACAAAGAGCCCUUGGCGUGGACGGGUUACGGUACCCGCCUAGACGUUCAAACGGUCACCACGACAACCAGAGCGAUUCCUGCCACCCUUACGAGGAGAGAGAGGGUGAAACUUCCGGUUACGCUAGCGAUUCCGUUGAAGCCACUGUAACUUCACUACCAGACCCACUGAUGUCUUGUAAACAAUCAGAAAAUAAUACGAAUGAGAAAACUUGGCAAAAUCCUUAUUACACCAAUGAGGGUGCCUUACCACCCUCAAGAAGACUUUCGAAUAUCAGAGGUGGUGAAUUUAAUCGCCCUCGCUGGGAAAGCAUUUGGGGACAAAAUCCUUCAAAAGGAGAUCCUCCACCACCUUCUUGGCUCGAACGCGGUCUUUCUCGAUUGGAUCAUUCGACUCAGGUUUUAGUCAUCAAUCAUGAUAGUGCCAGCAGCCCCGACAGUUCAACGACAGGAUCGACCGGCUCGGAUUCUAACAAAACUUACCUGCGAGGCCAAAAUUUACCAAUCGAUGCUGACGUGCUGGUGGAACGCGAGGCCCGGAGGCAAAAGGCCAUUGAACUCCAGAAUGCGAUAAAACAACAAUUAGAGGAAAGAGAGAGACAUAGAAGGGAAGAAAGGGAGAAAAAAAUAAGGGAGGAACGCGAAGAAGAGGAAAGAAUACAAAGAGAAAGAGACAAAGAAAAAGAAAGGCUCGAAGAAGAGCAUCGAAGGCAAAAAGAAAAGGAAGCUGCCAAGGAAAAGAAAGCAGAAGCUAUGAGGGAGGUCAUCGAAGCAGCCGAACGUUUAUCAAAAGAAGAAAAAAAGUUACGUCGGAAACGGGACAUCAACGAAAAUAAUGAUACAACUCCUGAUCAGAAAAUAUGCAAACCCAGUUCAAAAGUGAGUCAUCCAGUUGAAGCUGUAUCCAAUCCCGAAGAAACCAAUAAUAGCACUAAUUGUAUCAAUAGCAUCAAUAGAAGCAAUAGCAAUGACACCCCAAUUGAAAAAGAAGAAAAACAGGUGAACAAUCAAAGAGAAAUUGACUUUAAAAUCAAAGAAACAAAUACUGAGAAAGAAUGUUUGGGAGAACCUUUCAGAGAGUCCUUUAAAGAAUCAAAAGAAUCAAAUUCGAUUCGAGUUCCAGUGAGCAAAGAUGUCGCAAUUGUUCUAAGUGGUAGACUCGAGGAUACAGAGCUUCUAAAUAAAGCCAAUCUCCAAGUGGUCAAUUUUGUAAUGACCCCAAGUCCCAGAAAGAAUGAAGUCAAUCAUCUCAUGAGCGAAUUGACUGCUUUGGUAAAUACUUUUGGGCCUCCUGGAUAUUCUUCUUCAAUAGCAAAAACUUCUCCUAGAAUUGUGGAAAAUCGAUUACUCACCCCCAGCAAAUAUAGGUAUCAAAAUUCCAGAGAAUGUGGAACACAAACUGAUACUGAGAAGGAGUUUCAAGACUUGCAGGAUAGAAUUCAGGAAUUGGGAAUCAAUAAGAAUUUUGUAAAGGAGAGGAAGGAUGCUGCUAAUAAUAAUCGCAGAGAUGUGGAAAAGUCGACAUGCACGAGUACGGGAGAGGAAAUCGCAGUGAAAACUUUGCCCAGGAUGAAGACACAACCUAGAAUGAGUCUCGAAACGAGACCAAGGUGGAAUGCUAAUCGUCCAGGCACAAGAUACAGAACCCAGAGUGAGAAGGAUCCCCAUUAUCAGCAUCGAAUGAGACUCAGGAGGCGUCGACUUGAGAGCAGCGACGAAGGAUCUAGGUCACCAUCUCCAGAUCGAAGAAAGCACAAUAUUUCAAAGCAAAAGACACGAAACUCGUCAAGGCGCAAGGCCAAAUUGGAUAGUUACGACGCAGAUUUGUCGAUGGAUAGUCUCAACUCCAUUAUUCCAUUGCGUUUUGAUGAAAAUGGGAGAAUCAAUAUCGAACACCGUAGAAACGAGCACGAAAUAAAUAAAUAUAAUGAAUCUUCCAGUUAUCAGCAAAACUUCAAAAAUGUCGAUUCGAAAAUGUGGUGCGGGCAAGAAAUCCUCUCCCACCUUUCUACCCUGAGAAAUGGCCUCGUGACACUGAAGGAACAGUGGGAUCCUCAAAAAUGUCCAGUGUCGCCAAUUACAGAGCUUUAUUAAAACAAUAUUUGAGAAUCCAACCUUUAUU